UGCUGAGGACAGACCAAUCUCUUUGAGGCUUGUGAGGGACGAUGUGCGUUUGAAUGUUGAACGUAAGGAACCUAGUAAAAACAUAAAGAGCCUUGGAAGAGUUUUCAUAUAGUGUCAAACCUCAGUCCAAAUCAAAUUUUCCAGUGAUGUUUGAGACGCCACAAAUGUUCUGAGGCCAUCCCAGUCUGUAUCCAAAACUAUGGGACUACAGUACAACAACUAAUGAAAAGGCCUGUGCCAAGGGACCCACCAAGAGGGGCUUCCAUCCCCACAGCCAACACCCAACAGAUGAGGGAGGUCAGAAGAAAAGAGUUCCUAAUCCUAUAACAAAGACUGAAUCAGGAGGACUAUGUUGCUGGAAUUUCAUACCUCUCACUGUUGUGGCCUCUGCCGUUGCGAAGCACAGGCUCCGGACGCGCAGGCUCAGCGGCCAUGGCUCACGAACCUAGCCGCUCCGCGGCACGUGGGAUCUUCCCGGACCGCGGCACGAGCCCGUGUGCCCUGCAUCGGCAAGCGGACUCUCAACCACUGCGCCACCAGGGAAGCCCCUGUGUUUCCAUUUUUUGUUGCAGGAAAGAAAGUGGAGCUGGAGAGGAUGGUCACUUCCCAGGUCUCAGGCCUGAAACAAGUACACAAGCUGAUCAAGUACAUCAGAUGCUGAGACUGCUGUGUGCAUUCACCCAGCUAAUUCUUUUUUAAAAUUUUUAUUUAAAAAAAUUUUACAUUAAUUAACUAAUUAAUUUUUGGCUGCAUUGGGUCUUUGUUACUGCGCGUGGUCACGGAGCUAAUUCUUAAACUGCCCUCCUAAGGGGGAAAACGCAGAAUUCCAUUAUAUUUUCACUUUUAAAGGGGUGAAAACAAGGAAAGUACAUUCAAGUUUGCCACCUGAGGUGUUUUCAGAGGAGAGUCCUUUACUUCUCCCCGAGACGCUUUCCUAACCUCACCUGCUCCCCAGGACGAUCCACACUUCCCUUCCGGGUUCUAGGUGAACUAGCCCACAGGGCACAGACCAAUGGGUUCAUUCCUUGUCCGCUGCGGGGCGGGGUCUCCAGCCUGGGCUUCGGAGACCCGCCCCCCGUACGUGGCGUGCGUGCGUGGCGCCGGGCGGCGGAGGCUGGUUUCUCCAGCUUGUGGCGUCCCCUGGCGGCAGCGGGGCUUCAAUGUGACGGUCGGACCUGAGCGCCUGCCAUGGAGCUGCAGAAAGAGGCGCGAACACCCAGGGACCCCGUCGGGCGGCUACCCGGGGCCUCUAGGUCUCAGAAGCAGGACGAGGAGGAGCGGCGGGAGGGCGGCUCAGCCCCGGCGGCGACUGCCUUGGACGCGGAGGCGGACGGGGCUAGUGCGGACGGCCUGUGGGAACUGCCAGUGGAGCCGGCUGAGCGGAGGCCCGAGUGCAGCCGCUGCAGCCGACCUCAGAAAGUGUGUUUGUGUCCGUUUCUACCAGUGCAUCCUCUACACAUCUCUACCCACUUGUACAUAAUUCAGCAUCCAGCAGAGGAAAACAAGGUGUUGCGGACAGUUCCUCUGCUAGCAGCAUGUCUCCCCCAAGAUAAGUGUAAAGUCAAGAUUGGUCGUCGCUUCAGUGAGGAAAGAGAUCCUGAACUUUCAACUGUUUGUCGGAAGUCUGAUACAUUAAUAUUAUAUCCAGGGGCUGAAGCUGCUAAUUUGGAAGAAUUUAUAUUAGAUUCUCCUAUUUAUCCUUCCACAAUCAUCAUCAUCGAUGGUACAUGGAGCCAGGCUAAGGACAUUUUCUACAAGAAUUCCUUGUUCCGACUGCCUAAACAGGUGCAAUUAAAAACCAGCAUUUCUAGUCAGUAUGUAAUUCGGGCGCAACCAACUAAUAGGUGCCUUUCUACACUGGAGUGUGCAGCUGUUGCUCUUUCUAUCUUGGAGAAAAAUAAUUACAUACAAGAGACUUUGCUUCGCCCUCUUCAAGCUUUAUGCUCUUUCCAGCUUCAGCAUGGUGCUCAAAUUCGCCUCAGCAAGGAACACCUUCUGAAAAAUGGAUUAUAUCCUAAGCCGAUGCCAAAGAACAAACGCAAACUCAGGAAAAUGGAACUAUUAAUGAACAGCAUUAAAAUUUAGUACAGUUGUUCUUAUGGUGCUAGUUUUGUUGUCUUCAGCUGACAGUAAUGAGUUAACUUUUUAUACAUUUUAAGUCUGUGGGUUUUUGUCUAAAGAAUGAGAGUUACAUACUAAACUUACCCAGAAGAAGAAAGUAAUCCAAAUAGCCAAAAAACAAACAAACAAAAUUCAGUGAUUCAGUGAAAAGCAAGAUUUUGUACUGUAUUUGUUUUUAAAAUGUGCCUCUAAUACAUUUUUUCAAGUCAGUAAUUUGAAAUGUGAUUAGUUGUUGAGCUGGGUUAGAAGUACUUAUUAAUAAAAGGGAAUGGAAGGAAAUUGAUGUGCCUGACUGGUUCAGUAUUGUUUCUGUUAGUAUUUAUAGAUAAUUAGGUGUAGACCAAUAAUAGAGGAUAAUCUUGCACAUGAACAUUAUAGUUUGAAAUAAGUAACAAAAGAAAAUAAUAAUCAAGUAAUCUAGGUUGAAUUUAUUUAUUUCAUAAAUAAGUAUUCUUUAGGGACUAAAAUUGAAUUCAGCCAAUGUGAUUUAAGUGUGCGAUUAAUUGCCCAUAUUUUUAAAGUUAAA